CCUACACGCUAUCAGCCAAUCAGCUCAUAUUAACAGCUAUAGUAAUAAGUUAGUUAGUUCACCAGGACAAAAUCACUCUCUUUUCCUGACAAACAAACAAACAACUCGAUGCUAUAUCAAAAGCUAAAUCAACUAGCAGGUACAACAAGCAACGACUCUCCAAGCUAAGUGAGGAGCUACCGGAAAUGCAAGCGGCAGCAGCAGCAAGCAGCGCGCUGGAGCUUGCGGAGCAUCAGCCCACCGUGUGGGCACACACCAAUGGCUACAUCAGCACCAUGACGGUUCAGUGCGCAGUUCAGCUGGAGAUCCCCGACGUCAUCCAGAGCCACGGCCGUCCCAUGACCCUCCACCAGCUUCUCUCCGCUCUCCAAAUCUCCCCCGCCAAAGCUCCGUUCAUGGCCCGCCUCAUGCGCGUCCUCGUUCAUCUAGGCUAUUUCGUCGAACACAACGACAGCUUCUGGUUGACGCCACUGUCUCGCUUCCUGCUCAAGGACAACCCCUUCGGCGGAAGGUCAAUGCUCCUCCUCGGCUCCCAUCCCAUCAUGCUCGACCCUUGGCGCAGUAUGAGCACUUGGUUUCGGACAGCGAACGAGGACGAAAAACAGCAGCAGCAGCCUCCGUUCGCGUUUGCUAAUGGUGGCAAGAAACUGUAUGAAGUUGCGGCUGCUGAUCCCUGGGUCAGCCGGCUUUACCACGACGGGUUGGGGUGUGACAGCUCGCUGUUCGCCGCGUCUUUGGUGGCCAAGUGUGGAUCGUCGUCAGGUGUGUUUGAGGGGCUGAGCUCGCUUGUGGACGUAGGGCGCAACAGUGGUACUGGAACCACCGGUCAGGUCCUCGCUGCUGCCUUUCCCGACAUCGACAUCACAGUGUUUGAUCUUCCUCAUGCGGUUGCUGGGUUGGAAGCUGCUGCCCAGCCCAAUCUUCGGUACGUCGGAGGGGACAUGUUUAAGGACAUCCCGCCAGCAGAUGCCGUGCUCUUGAUGAGGGUGCUGAUUGAGUUGGAGGACGAAGCCUGCAUGGAGCUGUUGAAGCAAUGCAAGAAAGCGGUGAGCAAUCGUGGUGGUGCUGGUGGUGCAGGGAAGGUGAUGAUAGCAGAUCAUGUUCUUGGCCACGAGAGCUGCAACGAUCAGGUCUCCGAGGGAACGCUGUUGUUCACUGACAUGGUGAUGAUGGCUUGUUUGGAAGGUAGCAUAAGAACUGAACCACAGUGGUCCCAACUCUUCUCCCAGGCUGGCUUCUCAAACUACAAAAUAACGCUUGUUUGUGGCCUGUGGUUUCUCAUUCAACUCGAACUAUGAUCCUUAGCAGAGUGAGCUCCACAAAAAGUUAAAUAAAUGAAAUUGGCUUCAGCGACUAAAAAGCCAAGGCACCUGCCACAGUACCACACAUCCACAAGAGACAUAAGUAACAACAAUGAAUUAGUGGACUUGAUGGUUUCGUGACCUACACGACAUCAAGUGUGCACCACCCUAAUUACCAAUCUAAAAUCAGUUGGAAGGCAGCAGAGAAUAGAUGCAGGAAAAAGCCACAUUCCCAGAUGGAGAAAGUGUUAAUAGGUUUCACGGAAAUGACAGUUUCUGUCCAUCAAGCAACUACCAACGACAGAAGAAAACAAAGUGCGACAAUUAGAGGAUAAUGAAACAGGGAUCCACACAUGGGACAUGGCAACAAGGGCGCGGGAAAUGAAUACAGCAGAAGAACGGGAAGAGGAAAGUACUGCGAAGCCCUCCCAGGUAUUCCUAAAAGCUUCAACACCAACACGGUUGAAGUCAUUCUGGAUGAACAACCUCCUCAUCACGAUCAUAUGGCUGCCAGGGCUUGAAGUACGUCGUCCUUGAGAUCGUUGAAGUCCUCGACUCCAAAGCUGAACCUCACCAAGUUGUCUCUAAUCCCAUACUUCUCCCUCUCUGCCCGAGGAAGAUCCCUGCAAUUCUCACCAAAGAAGUUAAUUAACUCUUCUUCUGAUAUAGAGUUAUGAAAGCAUUCGAACAUAUGAUUACACACUUAAUCACAGACUGAGAGUCAUAACCAUCUCUAAAAAUGUCUGGCAAUAAUAAGAGAGAAACGCAACUAGGCUAAAUAGUGACGAACACAGCAAAUCAGGGUCAACACUUGUACUGUACAUCUGCAUUCGGAUGAGGGUUCUGUACUUAACACAAACUCCUAGGCCAUAUUGUCCAGGACGCAUAAUCCUUGAUCCAGUAGUACACUAGUACUACGGGAGAAAUCCAUUUAUUGAAGAUGAAAAAAAGUGAACAGAACAUCUUGAAUUGGUCGAUAAGUUGUUUGCCCUGGCUAACUAGUAAAGUCCCUCCUAGGCAUUGAUACAACUCAGUUUCAUAUUUCCUCUAGGAUAUAUACGUCUAUGUUCCUUAUUUCAGCCAUAAUUAUAAGAUUGAACUCAUGUUCGAGGGUUCAACCAUAUAAAAAUUAUAAUUACUAAGAGGUAGCAUCGAUCAGGAACUACCUUUUGCUCUCAUGGAAAUCUUUCAACAUAUACGAUGAAUUGGACAAAAUAACAAAGUAAGGAAGAG